AUGAUAGGCUCAUACUACUCAUCACUGAGCUUCUUUCUUCGCACCAUUGUUCUUCUUCUCUUCUCCAUUCUAAAUCUCUUCAACACUUUUGCUUCUCUUACACCUGACCUGUGUCAUCAAGAUCAAAGAGAUACGCUUCUCGAUUUCAAGAACGAGCUCAAGAUUCAAAAACCUGAUGAGGUUCUUGAUUUUGAAGGUUAUCCGAUGAACGUCACUUCUUAUCCCAAGACUGACUCAUGGACAAACACCAACAGCGACUGUUGUAACUGGGAAGGUGUCACGUGCGAUACCAGCUCGGGGAAAGUGAUCGGUCUAGACCUUAGUUGCAGUUGUCUUCAUGGCCGGCUCGAACCAAACACUAGUCUUUUUAGACUGCAACAUCUCCAAACUCUGAAUCUUGCUUACAACAACUUCACUUUCUCACCAUUCCCAGCUAAGUUUCAUAAACUCGUGAGUUUACAAAGACUAAAUCUCUCUCAGACUUCAUUGACAGGUCAAAUCCCAACAGAGAUUCUUCAACUUACCAGUUUGGUCUCUCUCGAUCUUUCUUCUUCUUUUUCAUUCUCUCCAAGUUUGUUGGCCAUUGAGAGCCCCUUGUUCUUCCGUCUCCUUGCUAAAAACUUGAGGAGCCUUAGAGCUUUGGAUAUGAGCGGAGUGAACAUUUCUUUCGAAAUCCCUCACGAGCUUACUCAACUCUCAGUGCUUCUUCUCUUCUCAAAUGACUUCACCGGUGAAGUCCCGUCUUCAGUUGGCAAUCUAAAACAACUGGUCGGCAUUAACGUUGCGUAUAACAGCCUCACCGGAAACUUCCCAUCUGCGCUACUCAAUCUGACGAAACUCCGAGUUAUCAGUCUCAGUUCCAAUCAGUUCACAGGUCCUCUCCCUCCUAACAUGAGCCAGCUCUCCAAACUGGAAAGCUUUUUCGCCGGUGAUAAUUUCUUCACGGGAGCCAUUCCUGCGUCUCUCUUCAACAUUUCUUCACUGUCCUACAUCUACUUAGAGGACAACUAUCUCACCGACAUCGUUGGGAUUGAGAACAUCUCUCUCUUACCAAACCUACAAUACUUCUUCAUCUACCGUAACAAGUUCCGAGUCAGUCCACUUGACUUGAGUGUCUUCUCUUCUCUCAAACAGCUAUCAGCACUAGGUCUCUCUGGCAUCCCUCUUUCAACAACAAACAUCACUUCUGGUUCGGAGUUUCCAUCACAUUUGAAAUACCUAUAUUUGUCAGGCUGCAACAUCACUGAGUUCCCUGAGUUCUUGAGAGACCAAGCAAACCUACAGACACUAGACAUUUCCAACAACAAGAUCCAAGGUCAAGUGCCAAACUGGUUGUGGAGGCUACAAGGUUUGGAAGUUUUGUUUCUUUCUAGCAACUCCUUAAGCGGUUUCAACGGAUCUUUAAACCCUUUACCUGGAAGUCAGAUCGAUGUGUUGGAUCUAAGCUCAAAUGCUUUCCAAGGACCCCUCUUCCUCCCAUCUACAGUUAUCAGAUACUUGUUUGCCUCUAAGAACAACUUCACUGGAGAGAUACCUCCAUCGGUGUGUGAACUAACCUCUCCUUCAAUCCUAGACCUGUCCAACAACAACUUCAACGGCUCCAUUCCUCGGUGUUUAGAGACUCAAAUGAUGACUUCUAUUUCGGAUCUAAACCUUCAUAGCAACAGCCUCACCGGAAGUCUUCCUGAUAUAUUUACCAACGCCGAGAGGUUAAGGUCCAUCGACGUCAGUCACAACCGUCUACACGGAAAACUCCCUGAAUCUCUUACUCUUUGUUCUGCUCUGGAAGUUCUAAACGUGGAAAGCAACGAGAUCAACGAUACGUUUCCGUUCCACUUGAGUUCUUUGCAGAAGCUACAAGUUCUUGUCCUCCGGUCUAACAAGCUCCACGGCAUGUUACAUCAUCAUGACUCCUCCGUUAAUGGGGUUUGGUUUGGAUUUCCUCAGUUGAAGAUCAUUGAUGUUUCACAUAACGACUUCUCCGGUGCCUUGCCGUCUGAUUACUUCAUGAACUGGACCGCGAUAACGUCGAAGAAAGAUGAUGAUUAUACGCAGCAGGUGAGCUACAUUGGGGAUUUUCAUGACUACGGCUACUACACUUCUGUUGUCUUGAUGAACAAAGGAGUGUCGAUGGCGAUGCAACGUAUCCUCACAAUAUACACGGCCAUUGAUUUUUCAGGAAACAGAAUCCAUGGACAAGUUCCUGAAUCUAUAGGUCUGUUGAAGGAGCUUCAUGUCCUCAAUCUUUCAAGAAAUGCUUUCACUGGUCACAUUCCAUCAUCUUUGGCAAACCUUACUGCGCUUGAAUCACUAGACGUGUCGCAGAACAAGCUUUCAGGUGAGAUACCUCCGAAGCUUGGAGACCUCUCUUCUCUUGGAUGGAUAAACGUUUCACAUAAUGAGCUCGUGGGUCCGAUACCGCAAGGUACACAGUUUCAACGACAGAAUUGCUCUUCCUACGAGGGAAACACAGGACUUUUUGGUGCUUCGCUUAAGGAUAUUUGUGGAGAUAUCCGUGAAUCUGAAAUUAUAGAAUCAUCAUCAGAAGAAGAAGAAGAAGAAGAAGAGGAGGAAAAGUUGUGUUGGAUAGCAGCAGGGAUAGGGUUUGCACCUGGAAUUGUAUUGGGAUUGACGAUUGGAUACAUAGUGGCUUCAUACAAGCAAGAGUGGUUCAUGAAGACUGUUGCUGUCAGAAACAACAAGCAUUGGAGCACUCGUUAA